AUGAUGAGGAUGUUCAAUGGCUCCCAAACCCCACCAUCUCGAGUCCCGCAAGCCGCAUCUCCUCAAGGCUUGGGAUCCGACCCUGGCAACCGCCCAGAGCAGGGCGAACCAACUUCCAGGCCAGAUAUCACACAUCGUCCCACCUUGAACGUUCUCGAGUCUGCAAUCCUGCGAGAGCUGAUCGAGGAGAAGUGGAAGAAUAUCACAACUCCCAGCUCCGCGAACGUCUCAGGCCUCUACAAUCAUUACCUGCGGAAUGAUCUCAUUAGGAAAGGGAGAUAUUACUUGCUUGAGGGUAUUCUGACCCAAACCCUACAGGUGAACAACAUACCGGCUGACGACGAUAGGGUUGUUAUGUUCAGAGAAGGGAACGAGAAAGAGUCAAAAAUUUGGAACAAAGCGGUAGCCGCAUGGCUUAUCAAGAACCACUUGGUUGUUAGAGUCAACGCCAGGUUCCCAGAACGACCAGUCUUGUGGGGGGUAAGCCUCGACUGGGUCGAGUCGCAAAUUUUGCGCAUCACCAAACACGUCGAGUUCCUUUACGGCAAGCGAUGCUUGAUGGAAGAACAACGACAAGAACAAAGAGAAGCGUCUAGGCUCGUCCAAGCCCACAAAACUCUUUAUCUCCGGAGGAAGGCAGCAGUGGAGAACCGGCCAACUCUCAAACAUCUCAAAGAUGCCUUAAUCCUACUUGGAGAGGACGGUAUGAGCAGUGACGAGGAAAUGGCAGGAAGACCGAAAAACUUCAGACACAUUCAUCGCCAUCCAUGGCGAUCCGAUGAGGCGACGAAGAUGAUUCGAUAUGUGGAUAAGGUUGUCGAACGGGAUGACAGGAGGAAGCCGCGAAAAGGGAACUCCAGUAACGUCAGAGAACAAGACCCGGUGAUUGGACGAGAGCUGAUGCUAUUGAGGAGGUUCAAAGCGGCUCACAACCCCACCGACCCUUGUGGAUUGCACGUGAAGGAUGGUUUGCCAUUGAAUUUCUACAACAUGGAAGUGCUCGAGCACCAUCCACAAUUCAAUACCGCCCACAUCAGCCCAAGGGAAUUCUUGAGGAUCAAGGAGGUAAACCACGGCUUGUUGAGAGUCCCGGAAAUUGUUGUGGGGGAUGAAGAUGUGUGA